AUGCGACCAACAAUGGAAGAUUUGAUAAUUUCACAUUAUUUACCAAUCAAGAGAUGGAUUUAUGUGAUGAAUGAGAUUUUAACAGAAGAAGAAUUAAAAUUUAUUGAAAAUCAAAAGGAAAAAUUGAAAAUUCUUGAAUUGGAAUUGAAGAAAAAUUUGGAAAUGGUUGAAAAAUAUUCGAAUGAAGUUUAUAAUCAGAAAGUUCCAUACAUGGACGAGUUGUUAGAGCAAUAUUUUGGAGGAGAUGAAAGUGUUCCAUCAUUUCAGUUGCCAAAUGUCAAACCAAGUUGGAAAAAUGAUGGAAAAUCAUUGGAAUCUUAUGAAAAUUCACAUUCUCUCAAUCAAGACAUGGAGAAUUUAUUGAGAGAUGAAUUUAUCAAAGGCAAGAUUCAUAGAGAAGAGCUAAUGUUGAAAGAGCCAAGCGAAUUCUUGAAAAUAUUCGAAACUGGAAUGGAACUUGUCAAGCCACAUGCUCAACGUUCCAUUGAAAGUGUUUUAAGAUUUUCUCCAUUCAAAUCAAGUAUUCCAAUUUGGAAAUUACAAAACAGAUUGAGUUUUAUUAGAACCCUGUUGGUUUUCCCUCAUUUGAAUAUUGAAAAAUAUGGAAAAUUUUCAACUGAUAAGGCAGUUAAAGAUUUCAUAUCCAUGAAUAAGGGAAAUUUCUAUUUUUCACUCUUUAAGGAUAAUGAAAAUUCAUUUGUUAGAAUUCAAUGCCAUGAAGGUGAUAAGAAAUCGAAGAGUUUCGGAACUAUUUACAUUGUUAAAGGAAGAAAGAAGGAAAAUUCAACAGAAGAUUUUCCCUGUAAGACGUUUACUAUUAAGGAAGGAAGAACACCUGCCAUGGUGAUUGUACUGUAUGGAAAUGACACGAAAUUGAACUCUUUGGAGUAUAGAGCUCUAAUUAGAUCUCUAGCUUUCAGUUUACAUGAAUUAAUCUUGCUGAAUCUCAAUAAUUUUACAGAACUGGACACGUUAUCUUCCAAUUUCAAACAUGUCAUUCCUUUCCUGUUCGAAACCAUUGCUACUGAUUCUAAAAUGUCAAUUUUCGACAUUGGAUUCAAUACUGUUCGUGUGGCCAAGUUCUUUAAUAAGAAAUUCACUCGACCAUUGGAAACUAGAGAAGAAUUUAUCAAGAAUAUUCUCCUCCUCAAACUAUUCCUCGUUCAUUACAAGACAGAAGUAGAUCCAGUUCAAUUUUUCAAUGACGAAUUUGUAAAUUAUUUAAAACAACUACCAAAUUUGGAAACUUUGGAAAUUUCUAAAAAUGUAAAUUAUGCAAGUUUAUUAUCCAAGAAGGAUAUUGAAAGACCUCACAAAACAUUUAACAUUUUGCUUUCUAGAAUAUUAGCUGGACAAUUAUUUGAAAUUUAUCAACUUGCAGAUUAUGAAGGCAGAAAGGAAAUCAUCUUGCGUUUGUUGAAUCAUUCCCCAAAUAGAAAUGGAGAAUGGUCAAUUGAUGACUUGUUGAAGCUCACUAAAACAGAACAGAUCUAUCCAGAUUAUUUUGCAUCAAAGAGAUUCAGAACUAGUUCAACAGAAACCAAUGCAGCUGUCAUUGCCUUGACAUUGAAGCUGAUUUUGAUUUAUUUACUAUAUCUUGUUGGCUGCAGAUAUUUACAACAAUAA